UGUGAACGCCGGGGCUUAACGCGAGUCCCCGCAUACAGAGUGCGGAGUGUGAGCGAGGUAGCGCGCAUCAUCGCUGCUUUUCUUUCUCUUUUGGGAUCCCUCCAUCCUGCUGUGGGAAAGAGUGUGUUACUGUGCAGCCUUUUUUUUUCUUAUAUGAGAAUUCUUUUUCUCCUCAAUUUGGGGAAUAUGGCACAUGUUCCAGGCUCGGACUAGAAGUGUGCGCUCCAAGAGUGACUAGAGAACCGAUGGGGGAAAUAAAAAUGCUGGAAGUUUUGGUGCUUGGAUCGCUCCAUUGAGUUUGGAUUUUGCGGUGCAUAUGAAGAGGGGGCAACAGUGAAGCGUGAGGCUCAAGCAUCGAAAGCUUGCAGAUCUGUUCAUUCCUCCCUCCGCUGCGUCUCGCCGUCUGCGUCUUUCGCGCCUCUCCUUUUCGCCACGAUAUGAUUUAACACCGGGGAGGACAACCACUUAAGUCCGCCUCAUCUUCCAGCAUCCCUUCGAAGACAGCUUGUUCUUGUAGAUGGACUAAAAAAGACGGGGGAAAAAACACAACAAAGAAACAGAGGACUCAUCUUUUUCUUGGAUUUGCUCUGCUUUUGAAUAGGGAGGAGACUAUCUAUUCAUCUUUUCUAGCCAUCGAUCUAUUUGGACAAUAUGAGAGUUCUUUGGGUUGUGUUGCUCAUUGCUGUGAUUUGGAGCCACGAGUGGAAGUGUGCGCUAUCGGACUCCAUCAUCCACAUUGGCGCCAUCUUUGAUGAGUCGGCACGAAAGGAUGACGAGGUGUUUCGCCUUGCUGUGGCUGAUCUCAAUCUGAACAAUGAAAUCUUGGAGACAGAGAAGAUCACCAUCUCUGUGGAAUUCGUGGAUGGGAACAACCCUUUCCAGGCUGUACAAGAAGCGUGCGAGCUGAUGAACCGCGGCAUCCUGGCCCUUGUCAGCUCCAUCGGUUGCAUGUCGGCAGGCAGCCUGCAGACAUUGGCCGAUGCCAUGCACAUCCCGCAUCUCUUCAUUCAGCGCUCCACAGCUGGCACGCCCCGCGCUGCCUGUCCGCCCACCAGCCGCAGCCCCGGAGCCGACGACUACACCCUGAUGGUGCGCCCGCCCGUCUAUCUCAACGAAGUCAUCAUGCAAGUGGUGUCAGAAUACAGCUGGCAAAAGUUUGUCCUCUUCUAUGACUCUGACUUUGAUAUCCGCGGUAUUGAGGAAUUCCUGGACCACGCCUCCCACCAGGGAAUGGACGUGUCCCUCCAAAAGGUGGAGUCCAAUGUGAACAUGAUGAUCACCAGUCUGUUCAGAACCAUGCGAGUGGAAGAGCUGCACCGCUACAGGGACACGCUACGCAGAGCUGUACUCUUCAUGAGUCCGGCCACUGCCAAGGCAUUUAUCUCUGAGGUGGUAGAGACCAACUUGGUGGCCUUUGAUUGUCACUGGAUACUCAUCAAUGAGGAGAUCUCUGAUUACGACCUGCAAGAGUUGGUUAUGAAGUCGGUCGGUAGGCUGACAUUGGUACGCCAGACCUUCCCCAUGCCGCAGAACACAACUCAGCGUUGUGUCAAGCACAACCACCGGAUCAACACGUCCCUCUGUGACCCUAAGAACGCCAAGGCUCAGCAGCUGGAGAUUACCAACCGCUACAUCUAUGACACGGUGCUGUUGCUGGCCAACACCUUUCACAGAAAGCUGGAGGACAGAAAGUGGCACAGUAUGGCCAGUCUCAGCUGCAUCCGGAAGAACUCCAAACCCUGGCAAGGAGGGAAAAGUAUGCUGGACACUGUCAAAAAGUUCGGUGUGAGUGGCCUUACCAGCUUCCUGGAGUUCACUGACAAUGGCACCAACCCCAACAUCUUUUUUGAAAUUUUGGGCACAAACUACGGAGAAGACCGCGGACGAGGAGUCAGUAGGCUGGCCACGUGGGAUCCAGUUCAUGGACUGAAUGGCACUCUGACAGACAGGAAAUUGGAGAACAACAUGCGAGGAGUGGUACUCAGAGUCGUCACUGUCUUGGAGGAGCCGUUCGUGAUGGUGUCUGAGAAUGUUCUCGGCAAACCCAAGAAAUACCAGGGCUUUUCCAUCGAUGUCUUGGAUGCUCUCUCCAACUACUUGGGCUUCAAGUACGAGAUCUACAUUGCACCAGACCACAAGUAUGGUAGUUUGCAGCCCGAUGGUCAGUGGAAUGGACUAAUGGGGGAACUUGUUUUCAAGCGAGCCGACGUCGGGCUCGCCGCCCUGACCAUCACACCCGAGCGCGAGAGCGUAGUGGAUUUCACCUCACGCUACAUGGACUACUCUGUGGGCGUGCUGCUGCGCAAGGCCGAGCGCACAGUGGACAUGUUUGCUUGCCUGGCACCCUUCGACCUGUCGCUGUGGGCAUGCAUCGCAGGUACCGUGCUGCUGGUUGGCAUCCUGGUGUACUUGCUCAACUGGCUAAAUCCGCCUCGACUGCCCAUGGGCUCCGUGUCCUCCACAACGCUCUACAAUUCCAUGUGGUUCGUGUACGGCUCCUUUGUACAGCAAGGUGGAGAGGUUCCCUACACCACCUUGGCUACAAGGAUGAUGAUGGGCGUUUGGUGGAUGUUUGCUCUCAUCGUCAUCUCCUCGUACACGGCCAAUUUAGCGGCGUUCCUCACCAUUACACGCAUCGAAAACUCUAUCCAGUCCCUCCAGGACUUGUCCAAGCAGACAGAGCUGCCCUACGGCACAGUGCUGGACUCCGCUGUGUAUGACCAAGUGCGUUCCAAGGCCUUGAACCCCUUUGAGAGAGACCCCAUGUACUCACAGAUGUGGCGGAUGAUCAACCGCACGGGAGGAGCCGACAACAACGUUGAGGAAUCCAAAGAGGGCAUUCGAAAGGUGAAGUACGGCCGCUUUGGCUUUGUGUGGGAUGCGGCGGUGCUGGAGUACGUCGCUAAUAAUGACGAGGAUUGUUCCUUCUACACGGUGGGCAGCAAUGCACCAGACCGAGGCUACGGCAUCGCGAUGCAGCACGGCAGUCCCUACAGAGACAUUUUCUCCCAGAGAAUCUUGGAGCUGCAGCAGAAUGGCGACAUGGAUAUACUAAAACUCAAGUGGUGGCCAAAGGACAGCCCCUGUGAACUCUACAGCUCAAUGCAAUCCCGUCACAGUAAUGCCCUGGACAUCCAUAGCUUCGCUGGCGUCUUCUGCGUCCUGGCAGCCGGUGUGGUGCUCUCCUGUCUCAUAGCCAUGGUGGAAAGCUGGUGGUCACGGAGGAAGGGAUCCAGGGUCCCCUCCAAGGAGGACGAUAAGGAGAUCGACCUGGAGCACCUACACCGCCGGGUUAACAGCCUGUGCACAGAGGACGAAAGCCCCCACAAGCAAUUCUCCACCUCUUCCGUCGAUCUGACGCCCCUUGACAUGGACGCGCUGCCCGCUGCCCGCCAAGCCCUCGAGCAGAUAAGCGACUUCCGCAACACGCACAUCACCACCACCACCUUCAUCCCCGAGCAGAUUCAGACCCUCAGCCGCAGCCUGUCUGCAAAAGCCGCCGCCGGGUUCUCCGCCGGCUUCGGCGGCAGCGGUGCAGGAGGCGUCCUCCAGGACCACCGAACUGGUGGGGUCGGCCCUUUUAGGCAGAGGGCCCCCAACGGUGGUUUCUUCCGCAGCCCCAUUAAGACAAUGUCCUCCAUACCAUACCAGCCCACAGGUCCGGGACCUAACUUCGGAUAUGGCAACGACCCAGACAGAGGCACAUCCAUCUAAGUGAUUGCUUAGGGAUGAUUUGGGAGGAAGACGGAUAGGAGUGAGUACAGAUCUGAUGGGGUUGUAAAGCAAACACAACUAAAACCAAGAGUCUGCGCACAGACAUCUUUGUACAUAGAAAAUUUUAUGUUUUCAGUUUCUGCUUAGAUGAUUCGAUUUUAUAUGAGGGGGUAGGAGGAGGUGGGGUUCUGCUUGGACACUAGGUAAUGGUGCAAAUCGGACAGGGUCCACAGAGUGAUAUUUUUGCUUUAUUUGUAGUGUUCUUGUAAUUGUAAGGAGGCGCGGAUCUUUUCUUCCUUAACAUGAAAACUGUCUAAAAACACCUGAACUCUUCUACUGCUAUCAAGCACUCCAGCUUGGCCUUGGUGGUGGUCUAGCCCUAAAACAACAAGACUAAACUAUCUACUACAAUCCUUAGGAGUACUACAAGAGUACAUGAAUAUCAGUUUCGUUCACAAGCCAGGGUCCAAUCUCAAAUAGCUCCGUAUUGCUUUGCCCCAUCAAAAUGAGCUCAACACAGUGGAUCAACAGGACCCAAGUAUGGAACAAGGGAAGCCAAAUACUUUUCUGAUGUACUUUGAGACUCCCAUGAUAGUGCAUCUUAACGACGCUGUGCAAAAACGACAGCCGUCAUUUUGGUGUGUCAGCCUCAAAACCAACAUGUCCAUUCUUGAAUGCACAUUGAAGACGCUUUGUGAACCCAACUGCACUGUACCAGUGCCCACAGACCUGUAAGUGAUUGUAUGUGGAGCUGACCUUAUUUUUUUUUUUCUCACAUGGUACUUACUGUAUUAUCUGCUUUUCAAUUCAUGGUGAGACCUUUUGACAGACUCUUCAGAAGUACUGGGUCGCGGGGAACAAAAAAACAUCUAAUGGAAAGAAUUUCAACGCUUACUAUAUGUCUUUUUAUGAGAUUUGUUUUCAGAAAAAAAAUUAACACGUGGAAUGUGUUUUGGGUCAGUAAAAACAAAACAAAAAAAAUUACAUUGUUCCAAGCUGUCAACUUGUUUGAACUGCUUAAAUGAGUGCUGUAGUCUUUGUUUUUUUUGCUUCAUGCGUUUACAUUUUUCUCUUUUGUUUCAAUGCCGUCUUAAAGCAUCAUCCUCCAAGGUCAUGUUUUCGAUAAUACAGUGAUCCCUCGCUACUCCGCGCUUGAAACUCUGCGCCCUCAGUCCAUCGCGGAUUUUUUUUUCAAUUAAAAAAAUAUACAGUAGUCUCACUUUCCCUCCCUCUUCCUGUUCUUUGUUAGUCAGGCAGUGCGCUGGAGUUGCUUACCAAACUUUACGAUGAUUGACAGACGUCUGGGUUUCAUCUUGCCAGAGAUGCGAACUUCAAAGCGUCGCAUGCGUCAAUCAUCGUUUAUCUUGUUAAACCGUUUCUGUGGCAACUCAUUGUGUGUAAGUGAGCAGCUUGAGCGGAUUUGGACUCACUCAAUGAAGCAUUUAAUAGAAGCCAAGCAUUUGUCCACAUUUUUCUUGUUUAAAAGUAAUUCGGUGGGACAGUAACAUGUUCAAAAGUGAUCAGAAUUAUUAUAUUUGAAUAUGUAUAUGGCGGAAAACACUCAGGUGACUUGAAGUUCUGCUCUGAGACCCCCAAUAUGGCCAAAUUUCAAAAUUGUCUGAUAUCCAUGCGUGAUACAUCAUUGGAAAGCUUAAAAUCUCAAUUUUCUGGGGGAAGAAAAAUUUUGAAUAGGAG